AUGUCGAAAGCUUCGCAACCAGAGCUCAAGAAGUUUAUGGACAAAAAACUCUUCAUCCAUCUGCAGGGAGGUCGAAAAGUCAGCGGCACUCUCCGCGGUUAUGACCUUUUCUUGAAUCUUGUUAUCGAUGAUACACUCGAGGAGACUACGCCUGGUCAGAAACAUUCGUUAGGGACCGUUGUUGUUCGUGGAAACAGUGUUACGUCGAUGGAAAUCCUGGAAGCUCUUCGCUGA